CAAAAUUACUCGAACAGCAAGCAUAUGUCGUUCUGCUUAUUCAUGUGUUCUUUUAUAUGGUGACUUUUUCAUCAUGUCUCCCCUCAACACCAAUGAUUUACGACAGAUUUUUGAAAAGCUUGACAAGAAUGGAGAUGGGCUCGUGAGCCUGGAGGAACUCAACUGGCUUCUCGAGAAAAUUGGCGUCAAAUUCAGCCUAGAGGAGCUCCAACCACUCGUGGGAAAACCCAGCCUCGAUUUCAACGAGUUCUUGUUCUUUUACGAUUCCAUAUCAUCAGAGAAGAACAAUAUUAACAUUAGCAGCAGUACUAGCGAAGUUGAUCCGGUGUCCGACAAAGAAAGCGACCUUGUCAAGGCAUUCGAAGUGUUCGAUUUAAACGGCGACGGCUUCAUUUCCAGCGAGGAGCUGCAGGACGUGUUGUCACGGCUGGGGCUUUGGGACGAGAGCAGCGGCCGAGAUUGCCGGGCUAUGAUUCAUGUUUACGACACCAACUUGGACGGCCAACUUGACUUCGAGGAAUUCAAGAACAUGAUGUUUCUUACCAUUUCUUGAUCAUUGAUCAUUUCGUACGUGUACUAUUACGUACUGAUCAUCAUACGCACGUUGUUCUUAUUAAUUUACUACUAUAUAUAUAUAUAUAUACGCGAUAUGUAUUAUGUACUUUCAAUU